GGAACGCUUCUUUCAACCGCAGCAACAGUUUGUCCGCCACCUCGGUAGCUUGCUCGACAUAAUAGCCGAACCAAUAAAGCUCUUUAGACGCUUUAGUGUAUAUUAGCCACUGUGUUUUAAACCCAUUUCUCCCCUCUAGUUAGUUAUCCGAUUUACUGUGUUGUUGUUAUUAGUCAGCUAGCAGGCUGGUUAAGUUAGCAUUAGCCUAGCUAGCUAACAUCUCCGACCAUGAGGUCACUUAGCUACUCUCCUGAUAAAAAAGUGAAAGAGGAAGAGGAAGAGAAGGAUGUUACAAUACAAAAACAAGUAGAGGGUGAGGCCGUUACCGUGAAAGAAGAGAAAGACGUUUCAGUGAAAGAAGAGAAAGACGUGUUCAGAGUAAAAGAAGAGGUUGACUUGUUCAAAGUAAAAGAAGAGGAGGAUGCAGUUGUUGAAGUGAAAGAGGUGGAGAUGAUUGUCACAUCGAAAAAGGAGGGGGAAGAAGAGGAGGAAGCGGGAUAUCUGGGCCCGGUUUCCCGAAGGCAUCUUAAGGCAUCCAAUGGUUCUAACGAUGAACGUUCCCUGAUUAACACUAGAGAGAGUGGGGACUAUUGUGGAUCCUCUGGGGAUCCUCAACAACCGCAUGAUGCUGAAGAGGCAGAGAAGAGUCUCUCCAGAUCAAAACACCUCAAGAAACACCUGCAGAGAUCCACAGCGAAGAGAACUCACUUCUGCUCUGACUGUGGGAAGAGAUUCACCUCAUCGGGCAUUAAAAUUCAUCAGAGAACACACACAGGAGAGAAACCUUAUAGCUGUGGUCAAUGUGGGAAGAGUUUUCCUCAAUCUGGCUCUCUGACAGUACACCAGAGAACACACACAGGAGAGAAACCAUAUAGCUGUGAUCAAUGUGGGCAGAGUUUUGUUCAAGCUAACAAUCUGACUCGACACAAGAGAACACACACAGGAGAGAAACCUUAUAGCUGUGGUCAAUGUGGGAGGAGUUUUACAACAUCUAGCUCUCUGACAGUACACCAGAGAACACACACAGGAGAGAAACCUUAUAGCUGUGGUCAAUGUGGGAAGAGUUUUGGUCAAUCUGGAGAGCUGACAGUGCACCAGAGAAGACACACAGGAGAGAAACCUUAUAGCUGUGAUCAAUGUGGGAGCAGUUUUCCUUCAUCUAGCUAUCUGACAGUACACCAGAGAACACACACAGGAGAGAAACGUUAUAGCUGUGAUCAAUGUGGGAAGAGAUUUACUUUCUCUGGCACUCUGACUCAACACCAGAGAACACACACAGGAGAGAAACCUUAUAGCUGUGGUCAAUGUGGGAGGAGUUUUACGACAUCUAGCUCUCUGACAGUACACCAGAGAAAACACACAGGAGAGAAACCUUAUAGCUGUGGUCAAUGUGGGAUGAGUUUUACUACAUCUAGCUAUCUGACAGUACACCAGAGAAAACACACAGGAGAGAAACCUUAUAGCUGUGGUCAAUGUGGGAGGAGUUUUACUACAUCUAGCUAUCUGACAGUACACCAGAGAAAACACACAGGAGAGAAACCUUAUAGCUGUGGUCAAUGUGGGAGGAGUUUUACUACAUCUGGCGAUCUGACAGUACACCAGAGAACACAUAGGAGAAAAAUCUCAUAGCUCUGACCAGAGAUAAUCUGUUAAAAGAUCUCUGGUCAAAUAUUAGAAAAUACAUACAUUAAGGAGUUGUUUCAUGAUUUCAAUGAAUUAAUGUCACAAUGUAGAAUGUUUUAACAUUGUAGUAGGAGUAUUUUAAUGAUGUCACAAUGUAGAAUGUUUUACAUUGUAGUGGGAGUAUUUUAAUGAUGUCACAAUGUAGAAUCCUAAACGUUUCCCCCCCUUUAUGAAUUGAUUUCAUAAUGAUAUGGAUAUUAGCCUCAGGGGAAAAAUCCAGGCGAAAAACCCAGGCUCUGAAAUGGAAGAGUACUAUUAUGUGAUUUAACAAAAAUUGACAAAAAAAAGUUAAAAUCAAAUGUAUUUAUAUAGGGCUUCUUACAUCAGCUGAUAUCUCAAAGUGCUGUACAGAAACCCAGCCUAAAACUCCAAACAGCAAGCAAUACAGGUGUAGAAGCAUGGUGGCUAGGAAAACUCUCUAGAAAGGCCAAAACCUCAGAAGAAACCUAGAGAGGAACCAGGCUAUGAGGGGUGGCCAGUCCUCUUCUGGCUGUGCCGGGUGAAACAGAACGUGGCCAAGAUGUUCAAAUGUUCUUAAAUGACCAGCAUGGUCAAAUAAUAAUCACAGUAGUUGUUGAGGGUGGGUCAGGUCAGCACAUCAGGAGUAAAUGUCAUUUGGCUUUUCAUAGCCGACCAUUAAGAGUAUCUCUACCGCUCCUGCUGGCUCUAGAGAGUUGAAAACAGCAGGUCUGGGACAGGUAGCACGUCCAGUAAACAGGUCAGGGUUCCAUAGCCGCAGGCAGAACAGUUGAAACUGGAGCAGCAGCACGGCCAGGUGGACUGGGGACAGCAAGGAGCCAUCAUGCCAGGUAGUCCUGAGGCAUGGUCCUCGGGCUCCGGUCCUCCUCCGAGAGAAAGAAAGAUAGAAUUAGAGAGAGCAUACUUAAAUUCACACAGGACACCGGAUAAGACAGGAGGAGUACUCCAGAUAUUUCAAACUGACCCUAGCCCCCGACACAUAAACUACUGCAGCAUAAAUACUGGAGGCUGAGACAGGAGGAGUCAGGAGACACUGUGGCCCCAUCCAAUGAUACCCCCGGACAGGGCCAAACAGGAAGGAUAUAACCCCACCCACUUUGCCAAAGCACAGCCCCCACACCACUAGAGGGAUAUCUUCAACCACCAACUUACCAUCCUGAGACAAGGCCGAGUAUAGCCCACAAAGAUCUCCGCCACGGAACAACCCAGGGGGGGGGGUGCGAACCCAGACAGGAAGAUCACAUCAGUGACUCAACCCACUCAAGUGACGCACCCCUCCUACGGACGGCAUGAAAGAGCACCAGUGACCUAAGCCCCUGUAAUAGGGUUAGAGGCAGAGAAUCCCAGUGGAGAGAGGGGAACCAGCCAGGCAGAGACAGCAAGGGCAGUCGUUGCUCCAGAGCCUUUCCGUUCACCUUCACACUCCUGGGCCAGACUACACUCAAUCACAUGACAUACUGAAGAGAUGAGUCUUCAGUAAAGACUUAAAGGUUGUGACUGAGUCUGCGUCUCUCACAUGGAUAGGCAGAACAUUCCAUUAAAAUGGAGAUCUAUAAGAGAAAGCCCUGCCUCCAGCUGUUUGCUUAGAAAUUCUAGGGACAAUUAGGAGUUGUGUUACACUUAUCACGUUGGUGACCCACUUGAAUCAAAAUGCAACACUUCAAAAUGUGGCGAACUGUUUUCGACAAAUUGUCCUCUGAUGUACACAUUCCUACCAGAGUUUGUGUGGUUUUUGAGCUGUUAGUUUUAACAGGACGUGCAACCUCAUCACUCCCCUCUCGCACAAAUGAUUUUAGCAUGAUAUCGAUGACUGGUGACAAAUAAGUGUUGCAUUCCCUUGUUUAGCGACCCCUAAAUUUAUAUGCAUCACUCCAAAAUGUAGCUGACUGUCUUCUGCAGGUUAUCCUCUAACCAGUGAGGUAAAAUAUAUCUCCCAUUUCCAUUUGUUUUGUUUUUUUGUCAGUUUCAACAGCACUUACAACCUAAUUUCCCUCCUAAUCGAUAUCAGUGAUUUAUUGCUACUUGUCAAAACAACAGCAUUUUUGGUGCUUGUGCAUUUUAAAAGCUGCUUGUUUAAACAAAUACAAGUGAUAUGAUUAUUGUAGCAGAUGUUUGUGUACAUAGAACAUUUUAUGUUUUCAAUAUAUCCCAAAAUGUUUCUGCAUAUUGGUUAUUGAUUUGGACACAUUAAAACUGUGUUUUGAUAUUGGGCUAUCCCACGUAGCAAAAUGUCAUUGAAAAGCCAUUGAAAAUAAGACUAUGCAACCAAAUAUUUCAUAUUUACAUUUCAUGUAACAUUUAGUAUUCAUUAUUAUUUAUACGACCAACUGACAAUUUUUGGUACAAUUACAGUGCCUUGCGAAAGUAUUCGGCCCCCUUGAACUUUGCGACCUUUUGCCACAUUUCAGGCUUCAAACAUAAAGAUAUAAAACUGUAUUUUUUUGUGAAGAAUCAACAACAAGUGGGACACAA